GGAACCAGCCUAAGGGUUUCCCCUCCACAGGCGGUCGCUGCCGCCGCCGCCACCACCGAGCCGAGGGGAGCCGCUGCAGCCGGCCAGGGGCGACGAGGCGCGGAGGAAGGUCGGAGCUGGAGCGCAGAGGAGCCAAACGCGGCAAUGAAUGGCCGGAACGGGGAGCGGCGAGCAGCCAAACCAUCAGCGGCCGGAGCGAUGAGGAGAGCCGGAGAGGACGCCGGAGCAGGGCAAGGGGAGGUCGCCGGAGAAGAGCGCCACGACGAGCGGGCCGUUCCCAGGUCAGACCGACCCGCCAACCCCAGGAGCGGCGCCGGCGGCCACCCAACCUCCGCAAGGCAGCGCCUUGGGCCCGAGGCGGACGAGCUCUCGUCGGCCGGUUCUGCGGCCGCCGUCGCGAGCCGGAGGCAGAACCUCCACUACGGGAGGCUGAGCCAGCGGCCGCGCUGGUCGGCGCCGCGAGAACAGGGGCACGGGGAGGGAGAGGGAUGCCGGGGCGGUCGGCGACCGGGGAAGCUUCGUCGUCCUCUGCGAGGUCCGCCUAUAGGAACCUUGGCUGCACCGCAGGGCAAGGCGGGGGAGCGCAACGCGGGCGAGCCCCGGCCGGCUCCCCCGCGUCGCCAGAGCUCACGGUGAAAGCACAAGAGUAUCCCCACAUUCUCGUCACGGCCGGCUUAAACGAUCCUUGCGUGAUGUACUCCGAACCUGCCAAGUUUGUGGCUAAGCUGAGGGAAUUGAAAAGGGAUGACAACCUUCUGCUAUUCAAGUGUGAAGUAGGUGCCGGACACAACUCAAAGUCUGGAAGGUUCGAGAAAUUGCGGGAGGACGCCUUUUCUUACACGUUUCUCCUCAAGGCACUGGGCAUGACAAAUACGGCUUGAUUGUGCCGGGCUAUCCGGCGUAUGAGGUCUAGUUAUAGUCAGUUCAUUUCGGGAUGUAAAACUUGACUUAACUCCACUGAUUACUUUUGCCUGGCAGUGGCAGUCUCGUAUUCAGGCUGACUCCUAUGAUUUGUUACGGGCCAUUUGAGUUCUGACGAGCAGUCCAUUUUUAGUACUCCCUCCGAUCCAUAUUAUUUGUCGUUAAAAUUAAUGUAUCUAGUAAAUACGUCUAGAUACAUUCAUUUCAGCGACAAGUAAUAUGAAUUGGAGGAAUAGCUUGAAAAGCAGCCCCACAUGAACUCACGGCCACUGUGUGCCACUGUCCUACUCCUUUCGUUUCAUAUUGUAGUGAUGAUGGACUUUUUGAAAAGUCAAACUUUAUAAACUA